AAAGAAGUUUCCCACUUCAACAAGACCUCACACAGACCCAUCCACGUAAACAAGACCCUGAACAUCAUUUCUCUGAACUGAGGCUGUGAAAAAGAAGAAGUCAUCAUGGGAGACGGUGAGAUGGAGUGUUUUGGCCCGGCGGCCAUUUACCUCCGCAAACCAGAGAGAGAGAGGAUCGAGGCCCAGAACAGCCCAUUUGAUGCCAAAACAGCCUUCUUUGUAUCUGAUCCAGAUGAGAUGUUCCUGAAGGGUACUCUUGUUAGUAGAGAGGGUGGCAAAGCUACCGUCAAAACUCAUUGUGGGAAGACUCUGACUGUCAAAGAAGAUCAAAUCUUUCCAAUGAAUCCACCCAAGUUUGACAAAAUUGAGGACAUGGUCAUGAUGACCCACCUCAAUGAAGCCACUGUGCUGUAUAAUCUCAAAGAGCGUUACGCAGCAUGGAUGAUCUAUACCUACUCUGGUUUGUUCUGCGCCACCGUCAAUCCAUACAAAUGGCUGCCGGUGUACGAUUCAAUUGUUGUGGCCGGAUACAGGGGCAAGAAAAGAGUUGAAGCCCCACCCCACAUCUUCUCCAUUUCUGACAACGCCUACCAGUUCAUGCUCACCGAUCGUGAUAACCAGUCUAUCCUAAUUACCGGAGAAUCCGGGGCAGGAAAGACGGUCAACACCAAACGUGUGAUCCAGUACUUCGCGACAAUCGCUGUGGCUGGACCGAAGAAAGCAGAACCUGUCCCGGGAAAAAUGCAGGGUUCGCUGGAGGAUCAAAUCAUUGCAGCCAACCCCCUACUGGAGGCUUAUGGUAAUGCCAAGACUGUGAGGAACGACAACUCGUCUCGUUUUGGUAAAUUCAUCAGGAUUCACUUUGGGACAACUGGGAAACUGGCGUCAGCUGAUAUUGAAACUUAUCUGCUGGAAAAGUCAAGAGUAACAUUCCAGCUGUCUGCUGAGAGGAGCUACCACAUCUUCUACCAGCUCAUGACCGGACACAAACCAGAACUGCUCGAGGCACUUCUGAUCACCACCAAUCCUUAUGACUAUCCAAUGAUCAGCAUGGGUGAAAUCACUGUCAAGAGUAUUGACGAUGUGGAAGAGUUCAUUGCCACAGAUACUGCUAUCGACAUUCUGGGCUUCACUGGUGAGGAGAAAGCAGCCAUCUACAAGCUGACAGGUGCUGUGAUGCAUCAUGGCAGCAUGAAGUUCAAGCAGAAGCAGAGAGAGGAGCAGGCUGAACCUGAUGGCACUGAGGAGGCUGAUAAAAUCUCAUACCUCAUGGGCCUGAACUCUGCAGACCUGCUGAAAGCUGUGUGUUACCCCAGAGUGAAGGUUGGAAAUGAGUAUGUGACCAAAGGUCAAACUGUACCACAGGUGAAUAACACAGUCAGCGCUCUGUGCAAGUCAGUUUAUGAGAAAAUGUUCUUGUGGAUGGUCGUCCGUAUCAAUGAGAUGUUGGACACAAAGCAGGCCAGACAGUUCUACAUUGGUGUGCUGGACAUCGCUGGGUUUGAGAUCUUUGAUUACAACAGCUUGGAGCAGCUCUGCAUCAACUUCACCAAUGAGAAACUGCAACAGUUUUUCAAUCAUCACAUGUUUGUGCUGGAGCAAGAGGAGUACAAGAAAGAAGGCAUUGAAUGGGCGUUCAUUGACUUUGGAAUGGACUUAGCUGCCUGCAUUGAGCUUAUUGAGAAGCCAAUGGGCAUCUUCUCCAUCCUUGAAGAGGAGUGCAUGUUCCCCAAAGCGACAGACAUGAGCUUUAAAAACAAGCUGCACGAUCAGCAUCUCGGCAAAUGCGCAGCUUUCCAGAAGCCCAAACCUGCCAAAGGCAAGGCAGAGGCUCACUUCUCUCUGGUGCACUAUGCCGGCACUGUUGACUAUAACAUUACUGGCUGGUUGGAAAAGAACAAGGAUCCACUGAAUGACUCUGUUGUGCAACUCUAUCAGAAGUCAUCAGUCAAACUGCUGUCCCUCCUGUAUGCUGUUAGUGCGGGCGAAGGUAAAAAUGACAGAACAAGUGUUGACAAUACAAUAGUUAUAAAAUUAAUUAUAAAAUUAAAUAUUCAUUAACUUGUAUCGCCUUCACACAAAACAGCUGAAGCUGCUGGAAAGAAAGCAGGCAAGAAGAAGGGUGGCUCCUUUCAGACCGUGUCUGCACUGUUUAGGGAGAACUUGGGCAAACUGAUGACAAACCUGAGGAGCACUCACCCUCACUUUGUGCGCUGUCUGAUUCCCAACGAGUCCAAGACUCCAGGUCUGAUGGAGAACUUCCUGGUUAUCCAUCAGCUGAGGUGUAAUGGUGUGCUGGAGGGAAUCAGAAUCUGCAGAAAGGGUUUUCCCAGCAGAAUCCUCUACGGUGACUUCAAGCAAAGAUACAAAGUAUUGAAUGCUAGUGUCAUCCCUGAGGGACAGUUCAUGGACAAUAAAAAAGCUUCAGAGAAACUCUUGGGCUCUAUUGACGUCGACCACAACCAGUAUAAGUUUGGACACACCAAAGUGUUCUUCAAAGCUGGUCUGCUGGGUGCUCUUGAGGAGAUGAGAGAUGAGAAACUAGCAGCGCUGGUGACCAUGACUCAGGCCCUUUGUCGUGGAUAUGUUAUGAGGAAGGUGUUUGUUAAGAUGAUGGAGAGGAGAGAAUCCAUUUUUACCAUCCAAUACAACAUCCGCUCAUUCGUGAAUGUGAAACACUGGCCAUGGAUGAAGCUUUACUUCAAGAUCAAACCUCUUCUGAAGACUGCAGAGACAGAGAAAGAAAUGGCAUCCAUGAAGGAGAACUAUGAGAAAAUGAAGGAGGAUCUAUCCAAGGCACUAGCGAAAAAGAAGGAGCUUGAGGAGAAAAUGGUGUCACUCAUGCAGGAGAAAAAUGAUCUUCAGCUGCAAGUAGCAUCUGAAGCUGAUAGUCUCAAUGAUGCUGAGGAGAGAUGUGAAGGUCUUAUCAAAAGCAAGAUCCAGUUCGAGGCCAAACUCAAAGAGACAACCGAGAGACUGGAAGAUGAGGAGGAGAUCAAUGCUGAACUGACUGCUAAGAAGAGGAAACUAGAAGACGAAUGCUCUGAACUGAAGAAAGAUAUUGAUGACCUGGAGCUCACCUUGGCCAAAGUGGAAAAGGAGAAACAUGCAACAGAAAACAAGGUGAAAAAUCUGACUGAGGAGAUGACCUCUCAGGAUGAGACCAUUGCCAAGCUAACGAAGGAGAAGAAAGCCCUCCAAGAGGCACACCAGCAAACCCUUGAUGACCUUCAGGCAGAGGAAGACAAAGUCAACUCUCUGACUAAAGCAAAAACAAAACUUGAGCAGCAAGUGGAUGAUCUCGAGGGUUCACUGGAGCAAGAGAAGAAACUCCGUAUGGACCUCGAGAGAGCCAAGAGAAAGCUUGAGGGUGAUCUGAAACUGGCCCAGGAAUCACUAAUGGACCUGGAGAAUGACAAACAACAAUCAGAUGAAAAGAUCAAAAAGAAGGACUUUGAGAUAAGUCAACUGCUCAGCAAGAUUGAAGAUGAACAAUCUUUAGAAGCACAGCUUCAGAAGAAGAUCAAAGAACUUCAGGCCCGUAUUGAGGAGCUGGAAGAGGAAAUUGAGGCAGAGCGAGCUGCUCGUGCUAAGGUGGAGAAGCAGAGAGCUGAUCUUUCCAGGGAACUUGAAGAGAUCAGCGAGAGGCUUGAGGAAGCUGGUGGUGCCACUUCUGCCCAGAUUGAGAUGAACAAGAAGCGUGAAGCAGAAUUCAUGAAGUUGCGUCGUGAUCUGGAAGAGUCCACCUUGCAGCAUGAGGCUACAGCAGCUGCUCUCCGAAAGAAGCAGGCAGACACUGUGGCUGAGCUGGGAGAACAGAUCGACAAUCUUCAGCGUGUCAAGCAAAAGCUGGAGAAGGAGAAGAGUGAGUACAAGAUGGAGAUUGAUGACUUAUCAAGCAACAUGGAGGCAGUGGCCAAAUCAAAGGGUAACUUAGAGAAGAUGUGCCGUAGCCUCGAAGACCAAUUGAGUGAAAUCAAGUCCAAGAAUGAUGAAAAUGUUCGCCAGCUCAAUGACACGAGUGCCCAAAGAGCAAGACUUGCCACUGAAAAUGGUGAACUGGCUCGUCAGCUGGAGGAGAAAGAAGCUCUUGUUUCUCAGCUGACCAGAGGAAAACAGGCUUUCACUCAACAGAUUGAAGAACUCAAGAGACAUGUUGAAGAGGAACUUAAGGCCAAGAACGCCCUGGCCCAUGCUGUUCAGUCUGCCCGCCAUGACUGUGAUCUGCUCAGAGAGCAGUAUGAAGAGGAGCAAGAGGCAAAAGGUGAACUUCAGCGUGGAAUGUCUAAGGCCAACAGUGAGGUGGCUCAGUGGAGAGCCAAAUAUGAGACUGAUGCUAUCCAGCGCACUGAGGAGCUUGAGGAUGCCAAGAAAAAGCUGGCCCAGCGUCUCCAGGAUGCUGAAGAAUCUGUUGAGGCUGUGAACUCCAAGUGUGCUUCUCUGGAAAAGACCAAGCAGAGAUUGCUGGGUGAAGUCGAGGACCUCAUGAUUGAUGUGGAGAGAGCAAACUCAUUGGCUGCCAACUUGGACAAGAAACAAAGAAACUUUGAUAAGGUCCUGGCAGACUGGAAACAGAAGUAUGAAGAAGGUCAGGCUGAGCUGGAAGGUGCUCAGAAAGAAGCUCGUUCCCUCAACACUGAGCUCUUCAAGAUGAAGAACUCUUAUGAAGAAGCUCUUGAUCACCUGGAGACUCUGAAGAGAGAGAACAAGAAUUUGCAACAGGAGAUUUCUGACCUCACUGAGCAGCUUGGAGAGACCGGAAAGAGCAUUCAUGAGUUAGAGAAAGCCAAGAAGACUGUGGAGAUUGAGAAAUCAGAGAUCCAGACUGCUCUGGAAGAAGCUGAGGGCACUCUGGAACAUGAAGAAACCAAGAUUGUUCGUAUCCAGCUGGAGCUGACCCAGAUCAAGAGUGAGAUUGACAGAAAGCUUGCUGAGAAAGAUGAGGAGAUUGAGCAGAUCAAGAGGAACAGCCAACGAGUGAUUGAUUCCAUGCAAAGCACUUUGGACUCUGAGGUCAGGAGCAGAAACGAUGCCCUAAGAGUCAAGAAGAAGAUGGAGGGAGAUCUCAAUGAGAUGGAAAUCCAGCUGAGCCACGCAAACCGCCAGGCUGCUGAGGCCCAGAAACAGCUCAGGAAUGUCCAAGGCCAGCUCAAGGAUGCCCAACUGCACCUUGAUGAAGCCGUAAGAGGACAGGAAGACAUGAAGGAGCAGGCUGCCAUGGUGGAGCGCAGGAAUAACCUGAUGCAAGCUGAGAUUGAGGAGCUGAGAGUUGCACUGGAGCAAGCUGAGAGAGGCCGCAAAGUGGCCGAGCAAGAGCUUGUGGACGCCAGUGAGCGUGUGGGACUGCUGCACUCUCAGAAUACAAGUCUUAUUAACACCAAGAAGAAGCUUGAGGCUGAUUUAGUCCAGGUUCAAGGUGAGGUGGAUGAUUCAGUCCAGGAAGCCAGAAAUGCAGAGGAGAAAGCCAAGAAGGCCAUUACUGAUGCUGCCAUGAUGGCUGAGGAGCUAAAGAAGGAGCAGGACACCAGUUCUCACCUGGAGAGGAUGAAGAAGAACAUGGAGAUUACGGUCAAAGACCUGCAGCACCGUCUGGAUGAGGCUGAGAGUCUGGCCAUGAAAGGAGGAAAGAAACAGCUCCAGAAACUGGAGGCCAGGGUGCGUGAGCUGGAGUCUGAAGUCGAGUCUGAACAAAGACGUAGUGCUGAAGCUGUUAAAGGAGUGCACAAAUAUGAGAGGAGAGUGAAGGAACUCACCUACCAGACUGAAGAAGAUAAGAAGAAUGUCAUGAGACUGCAGGAUUUGGUGGACAAGCUGCAGAUGAAAGUCAAGUCAUACAAGCGUCAAGCUGAGGAAGCUGAGGAGCAGGCCAACACUCACCUCGCCAGGCACAGGAAGGUGCAGCAUGAGCUGGAGGAGGCUCAGGAACGCGCUGACAUUUCUGAGUCCCAGGUCAAUAAGAUGAGAAUCAAGAGCCGUGAGAUUGGAAAGGGAAAAGAAACAGCAGAGGCAGCAGUGUAUGGUGUCGGGAUUGCUUCGGUUGGUGGCCUCUUCUCUCCUGUGCAGGGACAGGUGCCUGUUGAGGUGCCUGGCCCUGAUGCUGCCUUGCCGGGUACCUCUGCUCUCCCGCCUGUUACACCUCAACCCUCGGGCGCUGUUGCGCCUGAGCGAUUUGUUGUCGUACCACGUGAUCGACGCUGUCCAAAGUUUAAUGGGAAAUCUGGGUUGAACAUUGAUGAAUGGGUUGAGGAGGCACAGGCGUGUAUGAGAGUACGUUAUAUGUCGAGCACAGAUCAAGCUUUCUUUCUAUUUGACCAUUUGGAGGGGGAGGCUCGAGAAGAGAUCAGAUACCGCCCUGAUCUCGAACGCGGGGACCCCAAUAAGAUCAUUAAAGCGUUGCGUGACCUUUAUGGCUGUUCACAGUCUUAUGUCUCAUUACAAGAGGCUUUCUUUUCCAGAAAGCAACAAGAGGGCGAGACUCUGUUGGAAUUCUCUCUUGCGCUUAUGGGUUUGCUGGAACGAGUUAAGAACCGUGCUCCGCAUGUUAUCCCUAAUGCUGAAACCUUAUUGCGAGACCAAUUUGUUGAGCACGUCAAUGAUAGCGCACUAAGGCGUGAGUUGAAGCAGUUGGUUCGUCGCCAGCCUACUGCUACCUUAUUGGAGGUGCGUGGUGACGCGAUUAGAUGGGAACAAGAGGGGAUGCCUGGGGGGGCAAGAGGACGUAGUCAGUCGGCCCCAUUAGCGUACGGCAUUCAAUAUGGGGUGCGCGGUGGGACUCCGGCUGAAAUUUCUAAACCAUCUGAGCUGGGCGAAUUGAGGGAAAUGUUGCAACAGCAACAACAACAGUUGAAUCAGCUCACACAAACUCUUGCCCGUUUUCAAACUUCACAAAUGCGCAGUCGCUCUCCUCGCUCCGGUCCGGUUAUAUGUAGGCGGUGCCAACGACCGGGCCAUUUUGCUCGUGAGUGCGAUGGGGGACAGCGUUUCUCACGCCCUCCCCCGUCUGCUACCAGUUCCUCUACAGCCGAGAAUGAACCGCUAUUGGACACUGGUUCAAUGGUGUCUACUAUUACCGAAAGCUGUUUUCUGCGAUAUUUUGAGCCGUGGGGUCGAGACCGCCUUCAAAAUUGUCAAUGGUUACAACUUCGGGCUGCAAAUGGGCUUACUAUCCCGUAUGUUGGAUAUUUUGAAUUGGAUGUGGAACUUUGUGGCAGGUUGGUCGCUGGGUGUGGUGUCUUGGUGGUGCGGGAUCCUCCUGAUGGCAUGGGCUUGGACGUUCCUGGGGUGUUGGGGAUGAACGUCCUUGGCCGGUGUUAUCGGGAGCUUUUCGGACAGCAUGGCAGCGCCCUCUUUGACCUACCUGCGGUUACGCAAUUACCUGACGUAUCAAGCGCAUUGCAGUAUUGUCGUCAAAUAAGUGCUAGGGAGCUUUCCAAUCAUGUUGGGUGUGUGCGGGUGCGUGGACGUAGGGUGUGUCGCAUCCCAGGUGGCACAAUGAAGCUGGUGGCUGCAACUUGUUCAGCUCAGUAUGGUGAACGUACAGUUUUGUUUGAACCCCCAGAGUCAGGCCUCCCAGCUGGGCUUUUAGCAUCACCUGCUUUGGUGAGAGUAAAUCGAGGGACCGUUUAUGUGCCUAUAGUAAAUGUGGGCACUGUGGAGGUAACGCUCCGCCCUGCCACCGUGGUGGGUAAUGUAAAAGAGGUCUAUAUGGUGAGUUUACCAGCAGGGGUUAGUGAAGAGAAACCAGUAGUUGCCACAGUUCAGUCUCAUAGUGUGGGGGGAAGUCUUUCCUUGUCCCAACAGAUUGCGUCUCUUGACUUAUCGGUUUUGUCCUGUUCAGAGCAGGCCCAGGUUAGGGCCUUGCUGCAGAAAUAUCAAAUAGUGUUUUCGGGUCAUGACAGUGAUCUAGGUUGCACUCGUCUUAUUUCUCAUGACAUACCUUUAUUGGAUGAUGUCCCUGUGCGUCAACGAUAUCGACGGAUUCCUCCUUCUGAAUAUGAGAUGGUAAAAUCUCAUAUUAAUCAGUUGCUGGAGGCUGGAAUAGUACGUGAGAGUUGUAGCCCUUAUGCAUCUCCGAUAGUGUUGGUUAAGAAAAAGGACGGUAGUCUGCGCAUGUGCGUAGACUACCGUCACCUGAAUACCAAGACUAGGAGAGAUGCUUUUCCCUUGCCUCGUAUUGAGGAGUCUUUGGACUCCCUAGCAGGGGCCCGCUGGUUCUCCACAUUGGAUUUGGCCAGCGGGUACUUGCAGGUUCCUGUUUCUGAGCAGGACAAGUCGAAGACUGCAUUCUGCACCCCGUUUGGAUUGUUCGAAUGGAACCGCAUGCCCUUUGGCCUUUGUAAUGCUCCAAGUACAUUCCAGAGGCUAAUGGAGCGAAUAUUUGGUGACCAGCGGUGUCAGUCCCUACUUUUAUAUCUGGAUGACGUGGUGGUGUUUUCUUCUUCAGUGGGUCAGCAUUUGGACAGAUUGGAGAUGGUCUUGAGCCGUCUAGAGCAGGAAGGACUUAAGGCAAAGCUAGAGAAGUGUGCUUUCUUUAAGCCGGAAGUGAGGUAUUUGGGACACAUUAUAUCUGCACAAGGGGUGGCGACCGACCCUGGUAAAAUCACUGCUGUCGCACAAUGGCGUUGCCCCGAGACUGUGUCUGAGUUAAGAACAUUUCUUGGUUUUGCAAGUUACUAUAGGCGCUUUGUUGAGGGGUUUGCCAAGUUGGCAGCACCCCUACAUUGGUUGGUGGCCGAGGUGACGGGAGGUAAGUCAGGUAAAUCAGGCAAACAAAGAGGGCAGCAGUUGACCCAUGCAUGGACAGAGCAGUGUCGGAUAGCCUUUGAGGCCCUAAAAGAGAAAUUAACAUCCGCCCCAGUACUGGCAUAUGCAGAUUUUUCCAAAACCUUCAUUCUGGAGGUGGAUGCUAGCCAUGGGGGGCUGGGGGCAGUUCUCUCCCAAGAAUGUGAAGGCAAGAUUCGACCUGUAGCGUAUGCCAGUCGUAGCCUUAGGCCCACUGAGCGCAAUAUGAAUAAUUAUAGUUCAAUGAAACUAGAGUUUCUUGCGCUCAAGUGGGCCAUGGUGGAAAAAUUUAGGGAGUAUCUUUUGGGCCACAAGUGUAUUGUGUACACCGAUAAUAACCCUCUAAGUCAUCUAGCUACGGCAAAGCUUGGUGCUACAGAGCAGCGUUGGGCCGCAGAGUUGGCAGCGUUUGAUUUCGAGGUAAGGUAUAGGUCAGGAAGGAGUAACGGUAAUGCAGAUGCCCUGUCCCGCCAGAACUCCGUUUCACACUCCAAGGAGUUAGCUGUGGGUGUUGUGCUCCCUGAGUCGUUGCAGCAGGCCAUUGGUACAGGAGGUGUGCUUCAGGUAGAUGUGAGGAUGGUGAGUGUGUUGCCAGGCUAUUCUGCCUUUGACCUGCGUUCCAUGCAGGAGGCUGACCCUGCCAUCGGACAGAUGAUAAAGUUUUGGGAACUGGGUCAGCGCCCAGGGUCUGAGGAGCGGCGUCAGUUGAGUAAACCAGUUUUGACCCUGCUCCAGCAAUGGAACAGGUUAGAAACAAGGGAAGGAGUUUUGUAUAGGAGAAUAUUUCGCCCAGACGGAGGUGAGGAGUGCUCUCAGUUAGUGCUGCCUGAUGUUUUGAGGGAAGAGGUUUGGGUGCAGUUGCAUCAACAACAUGGGCAUCAAGGGGUCGAGCGCACAAGUGAGUUGAUUCGGCAACGAUGCUAUUGGCCAAAUAUGCUGGCUGAUAUCACUCGCUGGUGCCAGGAAUGCGAGCGCUGCCAGCUCGCCAAAGAUAAUCGGCCAGUAGCACGUGCUUUUAUGGGCCAUCUGUUGGCUUCAAGGCCGAAUGAAGUCCUUGCCAUUGACUUUACGGUCCUUGAGCCUUCAUUUUCAGGGCAGGAGAACAUAUUAGUGAUGACUGAUGUGUUUAGUAAAUUUUCCAUGGCAGUGCCCACACGUGAUCAAAGGGCUGAGACUGUGGCGCAAGUUUUAGUCGAGGAGUGGUUUUAUAAGUUUGGGGUCCCUGGCCGUAUUCACUCAGACCAGGGCCGGAACUUUGAAUCUGCCCUAAUCCGUCAGCUUUGUGACCUUUACCAGGUAAGGAAGUCUCGUACCACCCCCUACCAUCCGGCCGGCAAUGGGCAAUGCGAGCGAUUUAAUCGCACCCUGCAUAACCUGCUGCGAACAUUGCCAAGCUCUAGAAAGAGGGACUGGGUGUCGUGUUUGUCACAGGUGAUAUUCUGUUAUAACACCACUCCCCAUCAAGUGACUGGAGAGUCCCCAUAUUACUUAAUGUUUGGUCAGGAGCCCCAGUUGCCAAUAGACUUCCUGCUUGGGAGGGUGCCUGAACCGACCACAGGAAGUAUACACAGCUGGGUGGUGGAACAUCGUAGACGCUUGCAGGUUGCCUUUGAGGGGGCUCGUGAACGGCUGAAAAAUGCUGCAGACCGUCGGAAGAGACAGCACAAUCAAAAUGUUCGAGAUUUACCCUUGGCUGAAGGUCAGCAAGUUUAUUUAAGAGAUCAUGUAGUGCGGGGUCGCCAUAAGAUUCAGGACUUGUGGAGUUCGGUAAUAUAUCAGGUGGUUAGUCCUCCUGAACAGGGAGGAGCAGUGUAUACAAUUGCGCCGGUUACAGAUUUGGGCAAGGUACGAAGGGUGCAUCGUUCUCUUCUGAAGGCUUGUGUCCAGAAGGAGGUUUUGCCUGUCGAUCAGUCCAUUGGUGCGGUAGAGAGUCAGGGGGACACCCAGGAGUAUGAGGAAGCAGAUGAUGUUGAUGUAAUGGUAUUAGUACCAGGGAUUCCUCAGACUAUCCAGGAAGGGGCCUCCCAGAAUGUUGGGGAUCCAGCACAGAUUGAGGUCCCAGUGGGACUGCUGUCAGUGGGCUCCCCCACAGUGGGGGUGGUCUUGGUAGAACCAGAAGGGCAGGAUGUAGAACUUGGAGUAAGGGAAAGUGAAGCACCCUCUAGUUUUCAAAAUGAAGGGGUGGUUGCCCCUCGGCGCUCAGUCCGAACUGGUGCAGGUCGACAUACAAACUUACAUCGUCUUCCCCAGCCGAUACGAGGGGUAAGGAAUGGAGCUACUAGUAGCGCAGAGAUUGUGUCUAACACCAUUGUGGCUUUGUUCAGGCCUUGGAGAGAAGUCAUCAUGGGAGAUGCUGAGAUGGAGUGUUUUGGCCCGGCGGCCAUUUACCUCCGGAAACCAGAGAAAGAGAGGAUUGAGGCUCAGAAUGCUCCAUUUGAUGCCAAAACAGCCUUCUAUGUAUCUGAUCCAGAAGAGAUGUUCUUGAAGGGUACUCUUCUUAGUAGAGAGGGUGACAAAGUAACCGUCAAAACUCAAAGUGGGAAGACUGUCACUGUCAAAGAAGAUCAAAUCUUUCCUAUGAAUCCACCAAAGUUUGACAAAAUUGAGGACAUGGCCAUGAUGACCCACCUCAAUGAAGCCACUGUGCUGUAUAAUCUCAAAGAGCGUUACGCAGCAUGGAUGAUCUAUACCUACUCUGGUUUGUUCUGCGCAACCGUCAAUCCAUACAAAUGGCUGCCGGUGUACGAUUCAGUUGUUGUGAAUGGAUACAGGGGCAAGAAAAGAGUUGAAGCUCCUCCCCACAUCUUCUCCAUCUCUGACAACGCCUACCAGUUCAUGCUCACCGAUCGUGAGAACCAGUCUAUCCUAAUUACCGGAGAAUCCGGCGCAGGAAAGACCGUCAACACCAAACGUGUCAUCCAGUACUUCGCGACAAUCGCUGUGGCUGGACCAAAGAAGACAGAACCUGUUGCGGGAAAAAUGCAGGGAUCGCUGGAGGAUCAAAUCAUUGCAGCCAACCCCCUGCUGGAAGCUUAUGGUAAUGCCAAGACUAUAAGGAACGACAACUCGUCUCGUUUUGGUAAAUUCAUCAGGAUUCACUUUGGGACAACUGGGAAACUGGCGUCAGCUGAUAUUGAAACUUAUCUGCUGGAAAAGUCAAGAGUAACAUUCCAGCUGUCUGCUGAGAGGAGCUUCCACAUCUUCUACCAGCUCAUGACUGGACACAAACCAGAACUGCUCGAUGCACUGCUUAUCACCACCAAUCCUUAUGACUAUCCAAUGAUCAGCCAUGGACAAAUCACUGUCAAGAGUAUCGAUGAUGUGGAAGAGUUCAUUGCCACAGAUAGUGCUAUUGACAUUCUGGGCUUCACUGCUGAGGAGAAAAUAAGCAUCUUCAAGCUGACAGGUGCUGUGAUGCAUCAUGGCAGCAUGAAGUUUAAGGAGAAGCAGAGAGAGGAGCAGGCUGAACCUGAUGGCAAUGAGGUGGCAGAUAAAAUCGCCUACCUCAUGGGCCUGAACUCUGCAGACCUGCUGAAAGCUGUGUGUUACCCCAGAGUGAAGGUCGGAAAUGAGUAUGUGACCAAAGGUCAAACUGUACCACAGGUAGCUAACACAGUCAACGCUCUGUGCAAGUCAGUUUAUGAGAAAAUGUUUGCAUGGAUGGUCGUCCGUAUCAAUGAGAUGUUGGACACAAAGCAGGCCAGACAGUUCUUCAUUGGUGUGCUGGACAUCGCUGGAUUUGAGAUCUUUGAUUACAACAGCUUGGAGCAGCUCUGCAUCAACUUCACCAACGAGAAACUGCAACAGUUUUUUAAUCAUCACAUGUUUGUGCUGGAGCAAGAGGAGUACAAGAAAGAAGGCAUUGAAUGGGCGUUCAUUGACUUUGGAAUGGACUUAGCUGCCUGCAUUGAGCUUAUUGAGAAGCCAAUGGGCAUCUUCUCCAUCCUUGAAGAGGAGUGCAUGUUCCCCAAAGCCACAGACGGAAGUUUCAAAAACAAGUUGCACGAUCAGCAUCUCGGCAAAAGUGCAGCUUUUCAGAAGCCCAAACCUGUCAAAGGCAAGGCAGAGGCUCACUUCUCUCUGCUACACUACGCUGGCACUGUUGACUAUAACAUUACUGGCUGGUUGGACAAGAACAAGGAUCCACUGAAUGACUCUGUUGUGCAACUUUAUCAGAAGUCAUCAGUCAAACUGCUGUCCUUUCUCUAUGUCGCUCAUGCAGGUGCUGAAGCUGAAGCUGCUGGAAAGAAAGCAUGCAAGAAGAAGGGUGGUUCAUUCCAGACCGUGUCUGCACUGUUUAGGGAGAACUUGGGUAAGCUGAUGACAAACCUGAGGAGCACUCACCCUCACUUUGUGCGCUGCCUGAUUCCUAAUGAGUCCAAGACUCCAGGUCUGAUAGAGAACCACCUGGUUAUCCAUCAGCUGAGGUGUAAUGGUGUGCUGGAGGGUAUCAGAAUCUGCAGAAAGGGUUUCCCCAGCAGAAUCCUCUACGGUGACUUCAAGCAGAGAUACAAAGUAUUGAAUGCUAGUGUCAUCCCUGAGGGACAAUUUAUUGACAACAAAAAAGCUUCAGAGAAACUCUUGGGCUCUAUUGACGUCGACCACACUCAGUAUAAGUUUGGACACACCAAAGUGUUCUUUAAAGCUGGUUUGCUAGGUACUCUUGAAGAGCUGAGAGAUGAGAAACUUGCAGCACUAGUAACCAUGACUCAGGCUCAGUGCCGUGGAUUCCUCACAAGGAAGGAGUUUUACAAGAUGAUGGAGAGGAGAGAAUCAAUUUUUACCAUCCAAUACAACAUCCGCUCAUUCAUGAAUGUGAAACACUGGCCAUGGAUGAAGAUUUACUUCAAGAUCAAACCUCUUCUAAAGACUGCAGAGACAGAGAAAGAAAUGGCAGCCAUGAAGGAGAACUACGAGAAAAUGAAGGAGGAUCUGGAUAAGGCACUAUCGAAAAAGAGGGAGCUUGAGGAGAAAAUGGUGUCACUCAUGCAGGAGAAAAAUAAUCUUCAACUGCAAGUAGCAUCUGAAGCUGAUAAUCUCAGUGAUGCUGAGGAGAGAUGUGAAGGUCUUAUCAAAAGCAAGAUCCAGCUCGAGGCCAAACUCAAAGAGACAACCGAGAGACUGGAGGAUGAGGAGGAGAUAAAUGCUGAACUGACUGCAAAGAAGAGGAAAUUAGAAGAUGAAUGCUCUGAACUGAAGAAAGAUAUUGAUGACCUGGAGCUCACCUUGGCCAAAGUGGAAAAGGAAAAACAUGCAACAGAAAAUAAGGUGAAAAACCUGACUGAGGAGAUGAUCUCUCAGGAUGAAAGCAUUGUCAAGCUGACCAAGGAGAAGAAAGCCCUCCAAGAGGCACACCAGCAAACCCUUGAUGACCUUCAGGCAGAGGAAGACAAAGUCAACUCUCUGACUAAAGCCAAGGGAAAACUUGAGCAGCAAGUGGAUGAUCUCGAGGGUUCACUGGAGCAAGAGAAGAAACUCCGUAUGGAUCUCGAGAGAGCCAAGAGAAAGCUUGAGGGUGAUCUGAAACUGGCCCAGGAAUCACUAAUGGACCUGGAGAAUGACAAACAACAAUCAGAUGAAAAGAUCAAAAAGAAGGACUUUGAGAUAAGUCAACUAAUCAGUAAGAUUGAAGAUGAACAGUCUUUGGGAGCACAGCUUCAGAAGAAGAUUAAAGAACUUCAGGCCCGUAUUGAGGAGCUGGAAGAGGAAAUUGAGUCCGAGCGAGCUGCUCGUGCUAGAGUGGAGAAGCAGAGAGCUGAACUCUCCAGGGAACUUGAAGAGAUCAGUGAGAGGCUUGAGGAAGCUGGUGGUGCCACUUCUGCCCAGAUUGAGAUGAACAAGAAGCGUGAAGCAGAAUUCAUGAAGUUGCGUCGUGAUCUGGAAGAGUCCACCUUGCAGCAUGAGGCUACAUCGGCUGCUCUCCGAAAGAAGCAGGCAGAUACCGUGGCCGAGCUCGGAGAACAGAUUGACAAUCUUCAGCGUGUUAAGCAAAAGCUGGAGAAGGAGAAAAGUGAGUACAAGAUGGAGAUUGAUGACUUAUCAAGCAACAUGGAGUCAGUGGCCAAAUCAAAGGCUAACUUAGAAAAGAUGUGCCGCACUUUUGAAGACCAACUGAGUGAAAUUAAGUCCAAGAAUGAUGAAAAUGUUCGCCAGCUGAAUGACACAAGUGCCCAAAGAGCAAGACUUGCCACUGAGAAUGGUGAACUGGCUCGCCAGCUGGAGGAGAAAGAAGCUCUUGUUUCUCAGCUGACCAGAGGAAAACAGGCUUUCACUCAACAGAUUGAAGAACUCAAGAGACAUGUUGAGGAGGAACUUAAGGCCAAGAACGCUCUGGCUCAUGCUGUCCAGUCUGCCCGCCAUGACUGUGAUCUGCUCAGAGAGCAGUAUGAAGAGGAGCAAGAGGCAAAAGGUGAACUUCAGCGUGGCAUGUCUAAGGCCAACAGCGAGGUGGCUCAGUGGAGAGCCAAAUAUGAGACUGAUGCUAUCCAACGCACUGAGGAGCUUGAGGAAGCCAAGAAAAAGCUGGCCCAGCGUCUACAGGAUGCUGAAGAAUCUGUUGCGGCUGUGAACUCCAAGUGUGCUUCUCUGGAAAAGACCAAGCAGAGAUUGCUGGGUGAAGUCGAGGACCUCAUGAUUGAUGUGGAGAGAGCAAAUUCAUUGGCUGCCAACAUGGACAAGAAGCAGAGAAACUUUGACAAGGUCCUGGCAGAUUGGAAACAGAAGUACGAGGAAGGUCAGGCUGAGCUGGAAGGUGCUCAGAAAGAAGCUCGUUCCCUCAGCACUGAGCUCUUCAAGAUGAAGAACUCUUAUGAAGAAGCUCUUGAUCACCUGGAGACUUUGAAGAGGGAGAACAAGAUUUUGCAACAGGAGAUUUCUGACCUUAGUGAGCAGCUUGGAGAGACCGGAAAGAGCAUUCAUGAGUUAGAGAAAGCCAAGAAAACAGUGGAGAUUGAGAAAUCCGAGAUCCAGACUGCACUGGAGGAAGCUGAGGGCACUCUGGAACAUGAAGAAACCAAGAUUCUUCGUAUCCAGCUGGAGCUGACCCAGAUCAAGAGCGAAAUUGACAGAAAGCUUGCUGAGAAAGAUGAGGAGAUUGAGCAGAUCAAGAGGAACAGCCAAAGAGUGAUUGAUUCCAUGCAAAGCACUUUGGACUCUGAGGUCAGGAGCAGAAAUGAUGCCCUGAGAGUCAAGAAGAAGAUGGAAGGAGAUCUCAAUGAGAUGGAGAUUCAGCUGAGCCAUGCAAACCGCCAGGCUGCUGAGGCCCAGAAACAGCUCAGGAACGUCCAAGGCCAGCUCAAGGAUGCCCAACUGCACCUUGAUGAAGCCGUCAGAGGACAGGAAGACAUGAAGGAGCAGGCUGCCAUGGUGGAGCGCAGGAAUAACCUGAUGCAAGCUGAGAUUGAGGAGCUAAGAGUUGCACUGGAGCAAGCUGACAGAUGCCGCAAAAUGGCAGAGCAGGAGCUUUUGGAUGCCAGUGAGCGUGUGGGACUGCUGCACUCUCAGAAUACAAGUCUUAUUAACACCAAGAAGAAGCUUGAGGCUGAUCUGGUCCAGGUUCAAGGUGAAGUGGAUGACUCGGUCCAGGAGGCCAGAAAUGCAGAGGAGAAAGCCAAAAAGGCCAUCACUGAUGCUGCCAUGAUGGCUGAGGAGCUGAAAAAGGAGCAGGACACCAGUUCUCACCUGGAGAGGAUGAAGAAGAACAUGGAGAUUACGGUCAAAGACCUGCAGCACCGUCUGGAUGAGGCUGAGAGUCUGGCCAUGAAAGGAGGAAAGAAACAGCUCCAGAAACUGGAGGCCAGGGUGCGUGAGCUGGAGUCUGAGGUCGAGUCUGAACAGAGACGUAGUGCUGAAGCUGUUAAAGGAGUGCGCAAAUACGAGAGGAGAGUGAAGGAACUCACCUACCAGACUGAAGAAGAUAAGAAGAAUGUGAUGAGACUGCAGGAUCUGGUGGACAAGCUGCAGCUGAAAGUCAAGUCCUACAAGCGUCAAGCUGAGGAAGCUGAGGAGCAGGCCAACACUCACCUGGCCAGGCACAGGAAGGUGCAGAAUGAGAUGGAGGAGGCUCAGGAACGUGCUGAUAUUGCAGAGUCUCAGGUCAACAAGCUGAGAGCAAAGAGCCGUGAGAUUGGAAAGGGAAAAGAAUCAGCAGAGUAAAACCUGAAGCCUGAAUCACAACAGAAAGUAAUCAUAAAAUAUGAACUACUUGUAACUAAUAAAAAGUUGUUGUGUCCUUA